AUGUCUAGUAACUAUAGUUCUGCAAGUCAUGAUGAGCAGGUCAAAACCACAUCUCCUAAGAAGUAUUUCGUACGGCCAAACACUGGUGUUAUACUACCUUGGGACUCAUGUGUCAUAAGAGUGACUCUCCAAGCGCAACGAGAUUAUCCCCCGGAUAUGCAAUGCAAAGACAAAUUUCUCUUGCAGAGUACAAUAGUGUCUCCAAAUACUGAUGUGGAUGACCUUCCACAAGAUACUUUUACUAAGGAGGGUGGAAGGGCAUUAGAGGAGUGCAAUUUGAUAUGGUUUCUUUAUAAUAUAUUAUAUAUAGUCCAAUUUGUUCCAAAUCUUUGGAGAAUUAAUAAUUAA